AUUUUUGUUAUGUCAAUAAAGCUUUUGGAACGCGUGGUGCUUGAUAGUUGUAGAAGGAGCGGACGUGGACACAAAUACCCACGCAAAAGUCGACAUUUUUCACCUUCUUUUCCCCAUUUUGAGCCUUAAUAUAUAAACACAAAGAGAAAAAUGGCCGAAAGCGACUGGGACACCGUGACUGUUUUGAGGAAGAAGGGGCCGACGGCUGCUCAGGCCAAGUCUAAGCAGGCGAUCACCUCAGCCCAGCGACGUGGCGAGGACGUGGAGACCACUAAGAAAUGGGCUGCGGGGCAGAACAAGCAGCACCUGGUCAGCAAGAACACGGCCAAACUGGACCGCGAGACGGAGGAGCUGCACCACGACAGGGUUUCCUUGGAGGUGGGCAAAGUCAUCCAGAAGGGACGCCAGGAGAAAGGACUCACGCAGAAGGACCUUGCCACGAAAAUUAACGAGAAGCCGCAAGUGAUUGCCGACUACGAGAGCGGGAAAGCCAUCCCCAGCAACCAAGUCAUGGGCAAGAUCGAGAGAGCAAUCGGCUUGAAGUUGCGCGGUAAGGACAUUGGACAUCCCCUGGAGUCCAAAUCCAAGACGAAAUGAAAACAAAGCCUCGAAAUCGGCCCACCCCGGUCCCCACCGGGACCCUUUGUCCCCUUCUCCCUCUCCCGGGCCGAUGAGUCCGGCGGUCCCACCCGAGGACGCGACCGGACACGCUGCAUCGCAGGCUGCACACGGACAAAACCAGACGUCACAAUUACGCAGGAGCUUUCACGUUUGGCUUCUUUUGCUUCCACUCACUCUUGCAUGACUAUGAUGAUGAGGGCAAUACUAAUCUGACGAAAAUCUGCCGCUAUCUUUGGGCAAAUGCUGCUUUCCCAUUGCAUUUUUUUCCCACUCGCUUCAGGUUUUCUUGGAUGUCUAAGACUUGUGAAGCCUCUCUGAUGUUCUGGUUUGUUUUCAUUAACAAUAAACAUGGAUGAUUCACU